AUGGCGACAAGAAUGUGUUUAAAACGUGCUAAACUUUUCUCUAAUUUUCCACUCAAUUCUGUUGCGAGAACUUUUUGUAUUGCUGCGGCAGAGGUAGAAAAACAUAGCCAAGACACUGGCCAAGGCAAAAAGAAGAAAGAAAAGGACGUGGACAAAGUUUUAGCGUAUGAACAAUAUCGUGAAAAUGUACAGAACACACGUGAAAUAUUUCGUGCCGAGCACGAGAAGAAACAGGCGAAGGAAAGACGGAGAGUGGAGGAAUUGAAUCGUGGAAGUUUUUCUCCAGUAGAACAACACAAGAAAGCUGUGGAAGAUAUCAGAAAGUACAAUGAAAAUAAAGAAAUUGAUAGGUUUGUAUACAAACAGAACUGACACUGACCUGACGUACUAGUACACCACCCGAGCAAAUUGGCUAUUGAAAAAAAAUUAGAGAAAAUUGGUUAAAUACCCAGCAUUUUAAGUGCUAAAGCACAAACUUUCCAAAUUCCAUGCUGGAAUUGGUGCAUGUUUCCACAUAACAGACUGUCAGCGUCACUUUUCAUUAGCAAUCGUUGAUUUUAAGCUGCACCCAUUGUGGAGGAAAUAUCCAGAAAGGGUGGAAAUCUACUUAUGACAAUAGUAUUAGAAUGUCCGAAGAGGAGGGCAUAGAUGGAAUUUCAGAUUUUGCUCCGGGGGUGCAUAGCAUCGAUGGGGUGCAUAACACCGCUGAACAAGCUGCAGCAGGGGUCUGGGGGUACAGUUGCUAAUGGGGUAAGGGGACGAAGCCCCAGGAAAUUUUUGGUCAUUUAGUUCAAAAUCCUUUUUUCCAAUCACACUACUGUCAGUUAAUUUUAAUGGAAUAUAAGUCCCCCCCCCAGAAAAUCCAUCUAUGGGGGAGGGUUAAGUUCCAAUUUCCUUGAUGUGGUUAUUUUUCCAGAAUGAACCAAUAAAGCAUAAAAGCAUUCACAAUAUAUUGCCUUCAAUCACUUGUAUUUGUUUGGUUUUGAAAACUUGAUAGAUAAUUACUUUGAAAACUUGAUAGAUAGAUAUUUAUGGUAAAUAACAACACAUGGAGCAUGUUUGGCACACAAGUUACAUGGAACACACUGGAUCUGGGAAAUAAUAACAUAAUUAAUUUUUAGGAAAAGUAAACUGGAGGAGAGAAGAAAAAGAAUGGCAAUUCAACUUGAAAAACAAAAAGCUGAAAAUGAUGCUAAGCAACGUGAAAGAAACAGAGAAUUAGUUCUUAAAGUCAUUGUAAGUUUUUUUGGAAUUGUCUGUCAGAAUGCUGUGCUUUUAAGUUUAUAAACCGUCAGAAGUUGCAAUCUUCAAAUCAGUUGUUCCUUCAAAUAUCAAAUAUGCAUUGUAAGGGUACAUUGUGCUUUAAUGAGUUAACCCACCUAGGGCUUGGAAUGUGCAGUGUCCUGAUAUCCAUUGGAUAUACCUCGAUAUCCAUUUUUAUUAUAACAUUUUAAAUUUUUUAUUAUAACAUUUUUAAUUUUUUAUUGUAACAUUUUUAUUGUAACAUUUUUAUUGUAACAUUUUUAUUAUAACAUUUUUAUUAUAACAUUUUUAUUGUAACAUUUUUAUUGUAACAUUUUUAUUAUAACAUUUUUAAUUUUUUAUUAUAACAUGUUUAUUAUAACAUUUUUAAUUUUUUAUUCUAACAUUUUUAUUGUAACAUUUUUAUUGUAACAUUUUUAUUGUAACAUUUUUAUUGUAACAUUUUUAUUAUAACAUUUUUAUUGUAACAUUUUUAUUGUAACAUUUUUAUUAUAACAUUUUUAUUAUAACAUUUUUAUUGUAACAUUUUUAUUGUAACAUUUUUAUUGUAACAUUUUUAUUGUAACAUUUUUAUUGUAACAUUUUUAUUCUAACUUUAGGAAGAAAGCAAAUCAUUUGUAACAAUGGAAAAUUUAGAAGAAAAAAUACAAGAAGUACUAAAAACAGAAACAAACUAUAACUUUGCCUUGACUGCUGAUCGGAGGAAGAUAAUGUCUCGAGAGCCGCCGACCAACCUUGGCACGCAAGGACCAGGUCCGGCAGCUUAUCAAGGUGCAGGGUUGAAGUUCACAACAAGGACAAAACAAGACAGUUGGAAAAUGAGGCCGGAAGUUGAGGAUGAAAUUAACGAGGCUGAUACUAAUGAGGUUGUUACUAACAAGGCUGAUAUUAGUGAGUCCAGUGGCAGCGACUCAGAAUCUAGUGAUGAUGAUGUAGAAAAGAAUAGUAAGAGAUGAUUGAAAGUGAUCUAUAGGUAGGUUCGUUCAAAACAGGAAAUUGAUAAACUAUGGAAAAUUUUAAUUUUAUUUCUGCAAUAUUUACAUUAUAAAGUCUUUGAGUAUAAGACUUGUUUUACACAUUUCAAAUAAUAUGAAUGCGUGCUUGUCAAUUACAUUUUGAUGAAUGCUGUUUUACAACAUUUUGAAAUUAUUAUUUAUUUUCAGUCCUUCUUGCUUACCUAUAAAUAGUAGAUUGACAAAAUGUGCAGGUAGACUGGAAGUCUGGAACUAAGAUCUGAGACUAGGCAAGGACUGUUAUCAAUGGUUUAUAUAAUCCAAGAUAGAAACAACUUGCAAAUUUUACAUUGUCUUCAAAUGACUGGCCGAAAAUCUAGUUGCGUAUAUCUGACUUUAUAAUAUUUCACAGAACAUCUUGCACAGACUCCAGUAAUCGUUUAGAGUUUGUGAAUGAUGUGGUAGCUAUGAUGAUUUUCCAACCUAUAAACAUGAAAGAAGAUUAUUUAGCAAAGCAAUAGUACCA